CUUUUUGUUUUUUUAUUAUUAAACAAUGAAACCCAAUGAAGAGAUAGAAAAACCACUUGAGCCUGUCAGUUCAGAUACUGGUGAGACUUUUAUUCCGGAAGGCAAAGUACCUGACUUUCGUAGUCUCGGUCGUCACCAAGAGGGUUUUGCAACUGAAAUCGGUUCAAGCGAUGCAGACAAGAUCAAACAAGCUAUUGAAGCUGCACAAAAAAAACCACUUGAGGCAGACGUUCAGCCUAUGAAACGAACAGCAUCGUACAUUAAACGAAAACAACCUGUUGUUCAUACCAUUGGCGGUUACCGUGUCAGUAAGCCAUUGCCUGACACUUCCCGGAUUGGCUGGACCGCUUUUUCAAAUGCCCUCAAUCCUGGUGGGUCCUUGAAUAUUUUGGCGAUUGAGAAAAACAAGGGAAAAACGGAAACCGAGCGCGCAUUUCAUGUUUUGACAAGUCCACCGUAUGGUGGACAUUGGCAAGACUUUGGAAUUAUUUUUGUCAUUGGUAUUGGGUUUUGGUUGAUUGUUCAACUUGGCGCUGGUACAGGCAUAUUUAUCUUUUGUCUGUUUUUUGUAGGUUCUUAUUACAGGCUAAGCUCAGAUAGGUUCAAGACAUGCACCAAAGAUGAUAUCAAGCGAGAAUUUGCUCAAUUGGAUCUGGCUUCUUGUGAAUUUGAGAAUGUGACAUGGCUAAAUACGUUCAUUCAAAAAUUCUGGCUUAUUUUUGAACCUGUCUUGAGUGCCUAUGUGAUUGAGAACAUUGAUACCUAUCUUGUGGAUUAUUUGCCUGGGUUUCUGGAUUCUGUGCGACUGACUACAUUCACAUUGGGUUCGAAAUCGUUUUGUGUAGAACAUGUCAAAUGCUUUCCAGAUACAGAAAGAGACACGGUGUGUAUGGACUGGUCUGUUUCUUUUGUACCCAACGACACAUUUGGCAUGACAAGGGAACAAAUCGAUAAAAAAGUCAACCCCAAAGUAGUACUCAACAUUCGUCUUGGUAAAGGAUUGAUGGGGACUGCAUUUCCCGUGCUUGUGGAAGAUAUGAGUUUCUCGGGCCGAAUUCGAAUCAAACUCCAAUUUAUCAGUAAAAUGCCGCAUAUCAAAAUUGCCAGUGCCUGUUUUAUGGAAAAGCCUACGUUUGAUUAUGUAUUAAAACCUUUGGGUGGAGAGACAUUUGGGUUUGAUGUGAAUAAUAUUCCUGGUCUUCAAGGCUUUGUUCGUGAUCAAGCGCAUGCUAUUUUAGGACCUAUGUUGUAUUAUCCCAAUGUAUUCUCGUUUGAUAUCGAAAAGUUCUUUUCGGGUGAAUUGGAUAUCAAUCGAGCCAAUGGCGUUUUAGCAGUAACAAUUCAUUCAAGUACCAAGAUCAAAUCAUCCGAUGCUCAAUUGAAUCCUUUUAUUCGUUUCUAUCUGGAUGCAGCACAAGAAUUAGAAAAGACAUCGAUCUGCGAAAACACCAUGACACCACAUUGGAACGAAACCAAGUUUUUGUUGCUUAACAACCUGGAGUCCAUACUGAAUAUGGAAUUAAGAACCACCAACAAUACCAAAAAAGCAGGUAAAAAACUUGCUAUUGCUCAAUUCGAUUUGAAAGACAUCAAACAUAAACAAGACAACGAACUGGAUAAUUUAACGCUACCCAUGUUGAGACACGGUAAGCAGAUUUCAAACCUCAAAGUAGACAUGCGUUACUUUCCUGUUUCCAAACCUAUUCAGCAUGAAGACGGUACUUUUACUGAAGCAGAAUCUUCCAACUCGGGUAUUGUUCGUGUCACGAUUCAUGAAUGCAAAUAUUUGGGAACCAAUAAAGUCAACCCUUAUGCUACAAUCAAGAUCAAUGGUGUGGAUCGUUUCAAGACACCUACUUUUAAACGUACGUCUAACCCCAAGUUUGAACGUUCGUAUGAAAUCCUUGUGCUUGACAAGACAGAAGUGUUUAUUCGUGUCAGUGUGAUUGACAGUAUUGAUUUUGCUGAAAAUACGUCGUUGGGUUCAUGGGAUGCUUCUUUGGUCGAUAUCAUGCGAGACCAAGAAGACCGAGAGUAUUGGUGGAACCUUAGAAAGCGUGGCCAAGAGAUCCAGGCUCGCUUGAGGUUUAGUGUGCAAUGGAAACCAGUGGUCAUGUCGGGGCUGGCCAGCAUGGGCGGUGUGGGUAUCUAUAAGCCUCCUGUAGGUGUAAUUCGGUUCUCUAUCUGGUCUGCAGAAGACAUAACAACCAAGUCGCUGGAUACGUUUGUGCGUAUCAAGUCAGGAAAUCAGACACGCGCCAAAACAGAAAUCAUUGACAAUACCACCAAUCCUGAAUGGGGUGAGCAUCAUUAUGUGCCUAUUCAUUCCAUACAUGAAAGUCUUGUGUUGGAAGUCAUGCAAUGGAGUGCCAAUUCAAAGGAUAAGCUGAUUGGAUCAACUGUGCUUGAGAUGAACAAUGUGAUUCGAGAAAACAAGACAGGAAAUACAGUAUGGUAUGAAGCCAUUCAAGAGAAAUUGGAUCGACAAGUACCUCUUCAUCAUGGAAAUACACAAAAGGGAUUCUUGAUUUAUACAGCUGAGUUCUAUCCUACUAUGGCCUUACCUGAAAAAUCAACAGAGGAAGAAGAUGAAGAUGAAGAGCAGACCAAAGAACCAUUGCCACUGGUGGAUUUACAUGGAUUGCCUAUUCGCUAUACGCCUGAUGAUCUCAUUGAUCUUUAUUCGUAUGGUAGUGGUGUAUUGACCGUCAAGGUCCAUGAAGUGAAGGCUAAUAUUGUCUAUGAAUGCUACUGUCGUACCAUGGUUGACUCACUGACUGCACAGCACAAGACAGAAACACUCAAAGGACGCACCUUGGCUUUCAAUUCAACCACAGAUGCCUUUGUCAAAGACGCAGGCUUCUCUCGUGUGGCCAUUGAACUCAAACCUGCAGAUACAACAGAAAAAGACGAUCACAAAGUAGCGUAUUGGUAUGAAAGUACGGAACGGAUCAUUCGACAGAUACAACGACGUGCAAGACAGAAACACAUACAGGGUGCUUUGGUGGACCUGAGUGAGAUGUGUCGAUUUUCAGAUGAUGAUGAAGGUGAAUGGUACAACUUAUUACAACCUGUAGGAGGAGAAGCACAGAUUCGUCUUAGUUUUGGCUAUUCGCCCUUAUUGAGUUUCACGAUUGAUCCCAAUGAAAGUCUCGAAAAUCAAGGCAUAUUGACCGUCAGUUUGUUGCAUGCGAAAGGCUUAAGGGCUGCAGAUAAAUCAGGCACUAGUGAUCCUUAUGUGAAAUUCAUUAUUGACGGAGAUGUUGUUCACAAGAGUUCGGUGAUCAAAAAGACAUGUAACCCUGUCUGGAAAGAUGAAACGAUGCAAGUGCCUAUUGUAUCUCGUGUCACAGCCAGUUUUCGUAUUGAGGUGUUUGAUUGGAAUCAAAUUGCAGGCGAUGUUCCAUUAGGUUCGGGAGGUAUCACUAUUCGUGGUGAUAUGGUAGAAAGCUUUUGUGCUCAUGAUAUUGAUAUUCCCUUGGAUGGUCAGGCAGGCGAUACAGGCACAGUAAGGGUCCGACUUAAAUGGGAACCACAACUGUUGUUGCGCAGAAAGACACAAAAGACCUUUAUGGGCACUACACGCCGAGUGACAACCAAGAUGGGUACAACAGCCUUUAAUUUUGCUGAACCACCCAAGAACACAUCCACCUCCUCCAGUCUAUCAAAUCUAGUCCAGUCAAACUCUUCUUUGUCAGCUGUAGAAAAUAAAUUAGCUUCUGUUGAAGAGAACAGCGUGUUUGAUGGUACACUUCAUGUUCAUAUCAUACAAGCGAGACAAUUGACGGGGGAACAUGCCGAAAAAAUGAAUCCUCAAGCCAUUGUAUCUCUUGGAGGACAUCAGCUACUCAAGACCAAAAAGAUCAAAAAGACAACAUUUCCAACAUGGAAUGAAAGCAUAGUCUAUACAAUCCAUCAACAACAUGAUCUGAUGUUGGGUAUCAAACUAAAAGAUGCACACACAUUUAGUUCAAGUGAUCUAGGCAGUUGGACAGGCUCUUUAUCCACUCUGAUUCGUCCAAAUACGGUUGCAUCAUUUGAUGAUUGGCUGUCUUUAGAGCCUAGAGGAACAGGCGAGAUUCAUGUCAAACUUGAUUUUGUACCAAAAUAAAUAUAAAUGAUGCUGACCUUCAAUUCAUGUCCUCAUUUCGGUUUUCUCA